AUGGGGGCGCGACAGGUGCCUGCAGCAGCAGCAGCAGCAGCUGCUGCUGCUGCUGCUGCGGCAACCGCCGCUGCUGCUGCUGCUGCUGCUGCUGCUGCGGGGCCCCGCAGCUGCAGCAGCUUUCUUUUAUAUUUUGCUUCUUUUGCCUUUUUCUGUCGACUUGUCUUGGGAAAUGCUUUAAAACUUGGGAGCAAACAAACAGAACUUUCGCAGCAGCAGCAGCAGCAGCAGCAGCAGCAAGACGGCGAAACAGAUGCCACAGCAGAACCGGGAGGGGAAAAGUGGUUUGUGCCCUGCAUGAUUUUGGUGGCCUUUGUUUUGGGGGCAGUGGCAACAGUGGGUAUAAUUCACUGCGCGAACUACAGGUCACAUCGCAAAAGAGAAGCUAUAAAAGCCAAAACUGCUGCCCCCGAAAUCUUCAGCAGCAGCGACACGGAGGCCCCGACGCCGCGCGAUCGCAGCGGCAUUUGGGAGCGGCCGGCCAAAGAGCAAGCAGACCCUGCAGGUGAGUAA